AUGGUGGUCGUAAAACGUAGAAAUAUCGACACCGGCACGUCUUCCUCGAGAUUGCUGGAAUUUGCGAGUCCAUCGAUACAUGUGCAUGUUCUCGGUGUCGCCGAUGACAUUGAUGAGGCGACGAUCGACCGCAUGUUCGGCUCAAUUCAUGCUCAUCAACAAGAGCAGCAGCAGCCGUAUCACGACCAUUUCGAUGAUAUAUUUGGAGAGUCCCCGCUGGAGGUUCAGCAACCGACGCAGCAGGAGCAGCCGAACCCGAACCCGGCCUCUGCCUUCGCCCGUGGCAGACCGGGAUCUGCCAUGUUCAAACAACAUUACAUGAAGGAGGCCAAUCCGAAAAGAGCAUCAAUUUCCUUUGAUGAAUGGAGAGAAACGGCCACUAUAAGGAGUGAUGGAGAUUGA